UUUCUUCUCGGUGGUGUUUCUCUGUUGCACACAUUUGGAAAGUGCUGCGCCUGGAAUACUCUUCAAAGCUCUCAGUACUGCAGUCUGCUGUGAUGGCCAAGCUGCAGGCCUUUGAGUUCUGGAGGAAGACCCUGAAGGAAGCCCGAUAUGUGGUGGCCCCCAUGGUGGACCAGAGCGAGCUGGCGUGGCGGCUGCUGAGUCGCAGGCACGGCGCUCAUCUCUGCUACACCCCCAUGCUGCACGCUCAGGUGUUUGUUAGGAACGCUAACUACAGGAGAGAUAACCUCUACAAUGAAGUGUGUGAGGAGGACAGACCGCUCAUCACACAGUUUUGUGCCAAUGAUCCAGAGGUGUUCGUUCAGGCGGCUCUGAUGGCGCAGGACUACUGCGACGCCAUCGACCUGAACCUGGGCUGCCCACAGAUGAUCGCAAAGAGAGGGCAGUAUGGAGCUUUCCUACAAGACAAGUGGGAGCUGCUAGAGAAGAUGAUCAGGUUAGCCAAUGAAAAGCUCUCGGUGCCCAUUACCUGCAAGAUCCGUGUGUUCGAGGAGAUGGAGAAGACGGUCCGCUACGCCCAGAUGCUGGAAAGAGCUGGCUGUCAGCUGCUGACAGUGCACGGCAGAACCAAAGACCAGAAAGGACCCAUGACGGGGAUCGCUAACUGGGAGCACAUUAGGGCAGUACGGAAGGCGGUAAAUAUUCCAGUGUUUGCAAAUGGCAACAUUCAGCACCUGAGUGACGUGGAGUGCUGCAUUCAGGAGACGGGAGUGCAGGGAGUCAUGAGCGCAGAGGGGAACCUCCACAACCCGGCGCUGUUUGAGGGCCACAGCCCCCCGGUGUGGGAGAUAGCGGAGGAGUAUCUGGAGCUGGUGAAGCUGCACCCCCCCAGCACUCUGUCCUACGUACGAGCCCACCUCUUCAAGCUCUGGCACCACACGCUACAGAUCCACCAGGACCUUAGAGAGGACAUGGGCAAAAUGAAGACUGUGGAGGGUUUGGCCGAUGUCAGCAAACAGCUGAAGCUGCGUUGCCAGGAGGAGAUAGCCAAUGGAAAGGGAGGUGAGGAGAAGAAGAGCAGCCUGCCCUUCCCUCACUGGAUCUGCCAGCCUUACAUCAGACCAGUCCCUAGGCCCGAGGAGCCGGUUCCUUACGAUAACAAACGGGGUCCAGAGGUGAUGAAGGCGAUGUGUCAGAAGAGGGCGCUGGAGGACUCUGACGGAACAGCUGACCAGCUCUCCAAAAACAAGCAGAAGAAGAAAUCCCGAAACCCCAACAAGAACUUCUGUCUCGAGCAGAAACCCAAGUAUGUCAAGUGUGAGCAGUGUGGGAACCCAAAGGGGAACAAAUGUGUGUUCAACCUGUGUCGAGCCUGCUGCAAGAAGAAAGCCUACAAGGAGGUGGCAGACUGUCCAAGCCACGGGCUGAGGUUUAAGACCAAAGCAGAGAAACAGAAAGCUGAGGAGAACGGGAAGGUGAACGGCGAGGAGACGAGGGAGGAGACGAGGGAGGAGACGAGGGAGGAGACGAGGGAGGAGACGAAGGAGAAGACGAGGGAGGAGACGAGGGAGGAGACGAGGGAGGAGACGAAGGAGAAGACGAGGGAGGAGACGAGGGAGGAGACGAGGGAGGAGACGAGGGAGGAGACGAAGGAGAAGACGAGGGAGGAGACGAGGGAGGAGACGAGGGAGGAGACAAAGGAAGAAAAGAAGAAUGGCAGCGCCACAGAAAGAGAGAUCAGCUCCUCUCCUCAGCCUCCCACAAAGCUUCAGGUUCAGCCACUUUGAACAAGACUCUAUAUCUAUACAUCUCUACGUGCACACUGAGAGGUCACAUGACCCCCUGCUGAGACUAAGCCAGAUUAGGUCAUUUCUCUGAUCAGACAAGCCAUUAGGUCAUACAUUUCUAUGUCUAAAAGGUUGACCAGCAUCUGGUCUCAUCAGAGUCCAGAUGUUCUCCACGGUAAAGCUCUCCUGUGAUGUGCUGGGAGAGGAUCAGUGUGUGCACGUAGAGACCCCCUCAACAGGAAGAGAGCGACCAGCCACCAAAUGAUUGAUGUGAUGCGGAUUUCUAGAACAAACAUUAACUAUUCUUUCUUUUGUUCUAUUUUCUUUGCUGUGACAGGUUUUGGAGUUCCUCUCCUGAUUCUAACAAGUUUUUCAAAUUUUUAAGACAAAUAUUUUAAGAGCACAAUGUCUGACUGAUUUAAGCCAAAGUUAAAGGACUUUAAUUUCUUCAUUUGACUCAUGAAUGAACAUAAAGGAUAUCCUGUUGAGCAUUGACUUAUGUAUGUGCCUUUGGAUGAGAUGCUCCUCUAUCAUAGAAGUCACUGUUUAGCGGAGUAGUCUGUUUGCCAGCUCAUAAAGUCCUAUAGUGAGUACCCCAACAUUCUAUGUUAGAAAUGUAAAGUACGGGUCCCCAGCACAUAGAAACUGCUGGAUGCUAACUUGCAUAUGUUGGGCAAUCGCACAAUUAGCACAAGUUGUGUUAAUUAGCAUGAAUUAACAUUAUAGCAUAUGUAAACAAUAGUUAAGAACACAGUUUUGGCUGAUUUGGACAAUCUUGGAGUGGUUUGGGGAGUUAUUGAGGAAGUCGAGGAUCAGUUUCAGAAUCAAAUAUUGCAGUUUUUGGUUGCAUUUGUACUCUCGUGGACUGAUUUUGACUACCAGGACUAAAGUUGUGACCAUUGAAACUAGAGAGCACACAAUGAAAAUAAUUUCCUCUACUGUGGACAAUUAUUUUCAAAUAGAUAAGCAAUCUGUCCAAUCCAAAUGAUCCAGAGUCCAUUAAAACUUCAAAUUCAACCCAACAUUAAUCAAAAUCAGUCCACAAAUAUGGCCACUAUCUGUCUAAAAAUGCCAUUAUUGAUCCUUACAAUUUCAGAAAUGGAUUCAGCAUCCUUAAUAACCUCCAAAACCACUCCAAAAUGGUCCAACUCGGCCAAGCCAACUAUUGUUUUCAAAUGCUAUAAUGCUAAUAGUGCAAAUUGCCAAAUGGAUGCAAUUUAGCAUCCAGCAGUUUCUAUGUGCAAGGGAGUUGUACUAUAUAUUCCUGCAAUAACACUUUAGGUAUACUCAACAUUAGGGCUGUUUUUUUUUGUUUUUUUAAUAAAAAUAAUAAUAGUUUUAUUUCGAUUACAUUGUUUACGUAAUCGUUGCAAGCCAAAAUCGUAAUCGAGAUUAAAAUACGAUUAAUUGCACAGCCCUACUCAACAUGUAUGUGUUCACAUUGCUGGCAGCUAGAGUAUAGCAAGGACAUGUUGCUGAAGAGCUUGCUUUUCUUUACGUUUGAUAGAGGCUAGGUUUCCAGGGACUACAGUCUUUAUGCUAAUCUUGGUUAGCAUCCUCUCUACUGAAGGCACAGACAGGUCAUUGCUAUCUGACCUAAAGCCCCUGAAAACUAAUUCACCAAAUAUGUGAGAUUUCUGACAAAAAGGUAAAAGCUAGUGUUACAAUCAUCUUUAGGUAUUAUUUCUUACGAGUGAACACUCCUCGCUCUGCCUCAUCAGGACUGUGUGGGUGUGAUGAUAAUGCUGAUUGGUGCACAGAACAGAAGACAGGAAGUGUUUCUAGGGCUUUUAAGGUGAGACAUCAAAAUAGUGUUUGACCUAAAAUGGCCUUUAUCAAUAAAGCAUUUUAAAGAGACCCCCCUCUUGUAGCCGUGGUCAUCCUCUGCAUUUUAAAUUGGCACCAACUUUUUGUUCCUGCAUCUUUUCAUCAGAAAAACCUAUAUUGUCAACAGCAGUAUGCUAAAAAUUGAAACAGGAUGUCCUGUUGCAUCUGCUCUAGUGCUGCACAAUUAUUAAACAUUAUUUCAAAUGUUA